AUGUCGUUCUCCGAAGGAGUGCCCAGUUCGACACUCGCUGGGAAUCUCUCCUCCCACAAUUCCACGGCCGAUGGAAACAGAAUGGAGUGGGGAGCACCUUCCGUCAUAUCAAUGGUCAUCUUCACCCUCACCUUCCUACUGGGCGUCCCGGGCAACGGCGCAGUCAUCUGGGUGACCGGCUUCAAGAUGAAGAGUAAGAUCCACACGGUGUGUUUCCUGAACCUGGCUCUGGCUGACCUAAUCUAUUGCCUGACCCUUCCCUUCCGCAUGGUCAACACCUCCCUGAGCUACUCUGGGCACGAAGCCUACUUCUCCUGGAAGUUUCUUGGAACCUUGAUAUUCCUCAACGCCGCCGCCAGCAUAUAUCUGUUAUCGCUGAUCAGCAUCUGCCGCUGCCUGGCUAUUACUCGGCCCACUUGGUUGCAGCAAAAUCUGAGCUUCACAUGGGUUCGUGCGGCCUGCUUCGGGGUCUGGAUCCUAGCCUUCGUCAUGUGUCUGCCCGUCCUCCUGCUUCGGGAUUUAGAGAAGGAAAUGGCCGUGUUGAAUCCAUUUUGCUUUGUUUUCAUCUUCUGCCUCCCCUUUGUAAUUAUGAUCUCCUGCUACUCCCUGGUUGGCUGGAGGCUGAGAGGGAACAGGUUCGUCAAAUCUAAGAAACCUGUACACCUCAUCAUCACCGUUGUCGUCACCUUUAUGAUUUGUUGGAUCCCUAAAGUUGUCUGCGACCUCGUAUCAACCUUGUCCACACCGAUUCCCAGGGACUGGUCGUUAUUCACUGCAGCCCUGGCCUCCUUCAACAGUGCCCUCAACCCCCUUAUCUAUGUCUUCGCUGGCCGCGAAUUCCGCCAGGUCUUCAGGCACUCCCUUCUCGCCUCGCUCCGUCUGGCCUUAGCUGAGCAGAGGCUAGAAUUGGAGACCCUGGCCCAGACCCGCAAACUCACCUCAAAUGCAAAUUUCUGA